GGUCCUGACAAGCGAUAACAUUUCUGAUAAAGAACUGAGAUCACUGCAAACUAACCUUUUCCAAGCAGACUCAGGCGUUUUUAAUAUUAAACACAGUUACACCGAUUUCACUUGAUCAGGAGCAAUCCGAAAUCUUAUAUCCCCACAAAAAAAAAGAAAUAAUUCCCGCAGAUCAACAAACAAACAACACAAAGACGGUUCAUGGUUCACGCCAAAGCUCCACCAUCUUUCAGACUGCAAAGACAAUUGCAAUUUAAUCAACAGCCAGGCCUUGCAGCGUGAGAGGAGCGCAGUGUGAUGCGGCCCCCCGCUCCUGUCUGGGAUCGGCUGCACUUCUGAGAUCCUUGGAGGAAGAGCCAACAUAGGAGGGCACGUUUGGAAACACCGAAUGUGGAGAAAGCGCAGCCCGAGCGAACACGGCUCAUGCUGAAGGAAAUGAUGGAAUAAAUGUGAAGGCAGCAUGGACGUGGAAUAAGGGAUACCUCAGAGGCAGGGCAAGGGCAUUGGAUACUCUGCCAACACUGAUAUCUGCCUCCCUGUGGAACUGGUACUUGUAAUGCUAUAACCCAAUGCACAGCAGAGAUAUGGUGCGGAAAAAGAAUCCCCCUUUGAGAAGCUUCGGUGGUGAGGAAGAGGAGGGCGAGGCAGUGGCAGCAGAGGCCACGGGUCCAGCAAGCGGUGAGACGGCGAAUGAGGCCUUGGAGCCCAACAAGCCACUGGCGGAGGAGCAGGAGGAGUCUUGCCCCAGUCCUGUGAAGGGAGACAAGGCUGGCUUUCAUUACCCCAGCCACAAGCAGGCAGGAAACUUGCUGGCCUUCCCAUGCCAGGAGCGCAAUGACACAGGGCCACCAGACAGGGCUGCCUCCCCAGCACAGUCAGACAUGGGUGAGGCGGAGGAUGCGGCCCACAGACCUGCCGACACGGGAGAUGGCAGCAGGGGUGAGGUUGAGGGCCAGAGGCGAGUCAGCUGCGUCAUCGUGCAGAGCUGUUCCAGCAACGGGGAGGAGGGGGUCCCAGUCCAUAGCCCUCUGGUGCUGUUGGGAUCUGACAGUAUCUGUACAGAUGUGGUAGAUGGCUCCAGGCUGCCCCCAGUCCCGCUGCAUCCCCGCAGGCCCAGCGAUGGCCCAGAGGAGGCUUCCAGUCCACUGGGAGCGGAGACGGGUGCGCCACCACCCUCCUCACCCAAGCUGCAGGAUUUCAAGUGCAACAUCUGCGGGUAUGGCUACUACGGCAAUGACCCAACCGACUUGAUCAAACACUUCCGCAAGUACCACCUGGGCCUGCACAACCGCACACGGCAGGAUGCCGAACUGGACAGUAAGAUCCUGGCCCUGCACAACAUGGUGCAGUUCAUGGGCCAGAGCCAGAGUGUUAGCCAGGCCAAAGAGGGCCCUCAUCCCCUGGGCCUGUCGGCGGGGAGUGCAACGGGUCCCGACGCAGGCUCGCCUAGAGCCUCACUGCUCAACGGUACUUAUGACGUUCAGGUGACGCUAGCGGGCACCUUCAUUGGCAUUGGCCGCAAGACUCCAGACUGCCAGGGCAACACCAAGUAUUUCCGCUGCAAGUUCUGUAACUUCACCUACAUGGGCAGUGCCUCGGUGGAGCUGGAGCAGCACUUCCUGGCUGCCCACCCCAACAAGAUGAAGAACCCACCCCAGGUGCUGGGCAGCACCGAAGACAAAGGCUCCGACCGCAAGGGCAACUGUGCCGCCUGGCCAGCUGGUGAGGAGCAGAGCACGUGGGCCGAGCGGGUGGCAGUCCGGGCGGAUGACGACUCUGUGGCAGGCUAUUCGGUGCCAAUUCAGCCAGCGGACUCUCCAGGGAAGCUGGGUGAAGAAGUGCCUACGGGGUAUUUCUGGUGCAAGUUCUGCAGCUUCAGUUGUGAGGCCUCCACUUCGGCCAGGCUGCUGGAGCACUAUGAGAAGAGACAUGGGCAGGUGGCAGCGUGCGAUGGCAGCCCCGGGGAGAGGGAGCGCAGGCCCCGUGAGGCCGAGCGAGGGGAAGGACCACAUGCCCGUAGGAAAGAGCACGCGGGCGUGAAGGCAGGGGCGGCCAUAGAGGCGGAGGCAGUGGUCACCAGCUAUAACUGCCAGUUCUGUGAUUUCCGUUACUCCAUGAACCACGGGCCAGACGUGAUGGUGGUGGCGCCUCUCUUGCGUCACUACCAGCGUGCGCACAGCAUCCACAAGUGUACCAUCAAGCACUGCCCUUUCUGCCCACGUGGCCUCUGCACGCCCGACAAACACCUGGGUGACAUCUCCUACCCGUUUGCCUGCCGCAAGAGCUCCUGCUCACACUGCGCCUUGCUCCUGCUGCAGCUGACAGCUGGGCGCACCACUCCCCCACCUCCGCCCACUCCAAGGGCAUCUGUCGCCCACCUGUGUGACCAGUGCACCUUCGCUUCGGCUGAUGUCGACCUGCUGCUGCUGCACUAUGACAGCGUGCACGCCCCCCACACCCUGCUGGACGUGAAGCCCGAGGAGGAGAUGCCUGGCGAGGGUGUGGCAAGUGUGGGGCGGGGCCAGCGUGGGGAAUAUGCCUGUACCAAGUGCCACUUCUACACUGAGGUGGAGGAGGAAAUUUUUCGUCACUACAGAAGGGUUCAUGGCUGCUGUCGAUGUCGUCAGUGCAGUUUCACAGCAGCAGACACCACAGCCCUGCUGGACCACUUUAACUCCGCCCACUGCCAGGACACUGCCGACCCAGCCUCUGCCCCUGCCAAUGGCUGCUCCGCCCCCUCUACUCUCCGAAUCAAAGAGGAGAGCAAGGGUGACCUGAAGCUCUACAGCCUGGUGCCCCCGGAGGCCAGGCCGGCUGAGGCCCAAGUGCCUGGCGCUGAGCCUGUCAAGAGCGAGGCCCUGGAUGAGAAGAAGGCCUGGUCCGAGGCCCUGGGCCCUGGGGCACGUGGGGUGGGGCGAAGUACGGAGCAGCAGGUUCAGGGCCUGGUGUGGGUGCCUAAAGAACGGGUGGUGGAGGUCAUGAGGGGAAGCCCCGCCCAGUUUCCCCAGGCAGCUCUGGGGUUGCUGAACACGUCGUCUGGGCCACAGGAGCAGCAGAAGGGGACCACUGUGCUGCGAGACUCACCCAGUCUGUUGUUCAGCCUGGGUUCAGACGCUAAGGGCUACCUGCCGGGGGCACCAGCAAGCACGGCUGAGAAGCCUGGGCAGCAGUAUCCCAGUUCUGCGGAAAGCAAGAGUGUCAAGGAGGAGUCCCAGUCGCUGCUGCGGCGGCGGCGGGGAUCAGGGGUCUUCUGCGCCAACUGUCUGACCACCAAGACCUCGCUGUGGAGGAAGAACGCCAAUGGUGGCUAUGUGUGCAACGCGUGUGGCCUCUAUCAGAAGCUCCACUCGACUCCCAGGCCAUUAAACAUCAUCAAGCAGAACAACGGUGAGCAGAUCAUCCGGAGACGCACACGGAAGCGCCUGAACCCUGAUACCCUCUCGGCCGAGCAGGCCGGCCCCAAGCAGCAGCGUGGCAACAGUGAUGAGCGCCUCAAUGGUAGCCCACUGGAGCGCCGGCCCGAAGAAGCACUGCCCGAUGGGGCCCUGCCCCGCCCUGACAACCAGGCGCAGCUGACCAAGUUGGAGGGCUAUAGCUCGGCAGCACCCAAGUGCCACCCAAGCCCGCGCUCCACCCAUGCUUUCCUGGUGAGUCAGACGCUGGAAAUCCAUAAGCGCAUGCCACCGCUGCAUGUGCACAAGAGCCCGGCUGAGGGCGGGGCUGAGGGCAACGGGCUGAGCACGGGCGCACAGGGAGGCCUGGACAGCAAAGCCGGCUCCGAGAGGGGCAGCCCCAUCGAGAAGUACAUGCGCCCAUCCAAGCAGGCCAGCUAUUCGCCUCCUGGCAGCCCUAUUGAGAAAUACCAGUACCCGCUCUUCAGUCUGCCCUUCCUCCACAGUGACCUGCAGAGUGAGGCUGACUGGCUGCGCUUCUGGACUAAAUACAAGAUGUCUGUUCCGGGCAACCCGGGCCAUUAUCUCGGUCAUGUGGCCAGCUUGCCCAACCCGUGCCAAAGCUUCGUGCCUUACCCCGCCUUCAGCCUGCCCCCUCACUUCCCGCCGCCACCCACUUCUGGACCUGAUAGCGACACUCCUCUUGACCUGGCCAUGAAGCAUUCCAAGCCCAGCCCCGUGCCCAAUGGUGCCGCCACCUCCAAGGAGAAGGCCCUACCUGAGAGUUGGGCCUCUCCACUGGUGGACAGGGAGGCAGAGCGCGAGUGGCCAGCAGAGGCCAAAGAGGAGGAUGGUACUCCUCCACCACAGCCUACCAGGCCUGAGCAGGUGGACCAGGGCACGCAGGAUGACAUGUCCAGCAAGUGUGCUCAUUGCGGCAUUGUCUUCCUGGAUGAGGUCAUGUAUGCCCUGCACAUGAGCUGCCAUGGCGAUGGCGGGCCUUUCCAGUGCAGCUUCUGCCUGCAUGCCUGUGCUGACAAGUACGACUUCACUACCCACAUCCAGCGAGGCCUCCACCGGCCUGUCCCGGAUGCCAGCGCUCAGGCCUCAGAUGCCUGAGCCCUACGACCCCGCUCACCUCUGCCCACCCAGCACAACUAGAGCAGUAUGUGAGGAAUCCAAGAAGUGAUUCUGCAGGAGAAAUGACAACAACAAAAAAAAUGUACGAAUGAACCCCUAUACUUUUUUGUUGUUCUCUAAACGUGCCAAGAUGGCUCCUGGUGCCUCAGCAACUUCAGUCAGCAUAGCAUUUCUGUCAGAGUUCAGACACAAGAAGCUCUUGGCUGUUUUCACUUUUUUAAAGAACUGCUUUUGAGGAAAAUGGUACAAGUAGCUUUUCAAUUUAGAUUUUUUUCCCCCCAUUGUUGUUACUUCCUUUAACCCAGUCAUGCAAUUUUGACCAAGAAGUUCAGUAAACUGGGUACACCUACUCAAAACUGAAUUGUUUGUUAUGCCAGGGCUGUUCCCAACCUUCUGGAAAGUUCUCUUACCUGGUUUUGAGCAAAGCGAGGAUGUGGGACUCUGCAUGCAUGGCAAAGAGUGUGUAAACACUCCAGUCCUCUGUCACUAUAGCAACAGCAAGAGUGACUUUCAUCCUCAAAACAAGCAUCCUCAGGGAAUGUAUAUGGAUAAAAUAGGCAAAGACACAUCAGUUUAGGCCUUUCUCUCUGGUUAACAUUAUACUAAUUAUUAUGACCUAGUUGCUUUUCAUUCAUAUGUUUUUAUUUUCCUCCAAGAAGUAGGGUUGGGUAACUAUUUUUACAUAUUUCCAUCAUCAAGACAUGUUAGCUGCUGCCUUAGUUGCUGGGAUGCAAACUGAAUCAUCACUCUAUAAAUUUGGGAAGGAAUGGAAUUUUUUUUCCUGUUGUUAAUAGGAAUAAUCAUAUUACCAGUGCCUGAUAUAAUGUACAAAGCAUUUUCUACCUGAUAUGUUGAUAUGCAACAUUGAACCUGCAUCUGAAUAUGGGCCUUGAGCUAGGCUCGGAAAAAGUUUACAUUUGCAAAUGUAGCAAACAAGGUAAUGAAGCAAACAUCUGCUAAUUAUUUUUCUUUCACAUAAACAGUAGAGAUACGAUCGUCCAUAUUUUUCCUUUUUUAAAGUGGAACACAGAGCAGAAGUAUGUUUUAUUCUUUAGCCACCAAAAGUCACUAGCCAUUCCAAGCGUUGUCCUUCACAAACUUUGUCACCUUAUUCAUCUACAUGUGCUUAAUAAUUAAAUAGCUUGUAAUAAUCUCCCGGUAUUUGUCUACAGACAUUGAACUAAUUCAAGAGUAGUUGAUAAGGCUUUGUGUGGUAAUUUAAGUGUGCUGGAGAUAUGAAUAAAUCUCUUUAAAAUCUCCAAAAUGCACUACCCCUGUCCAGAGCAUUUCAAACACCAUGAAUUAUGUUGAAUUCCACAUCGUAAGUGGGUACUUUAUAAAGUACAGAAAAAUAUUUUCAUGGUUUCCUAUAUGAAACUGACUUGAAAAUUAACCUGCCAAUUACUCUGCAUUAUGCUCCGAAAUAGAUGAGCUACUGUCAACGUUGCACUUUUUUUUAGGUGCCUUCUGGUGAAGCUUUUCUUAGAAAAGUAGAACACUGUUAUGCUGUGCUAAGGUACACUUCACACUCCCUUUGCAAUUCUUUCCAUUAUGUGGAAUAAAUCACAGGCUCUUACUCAUCACACAUUUUGCCCUGAAAUGUAUUGAUUAUUUUGAAAAUAAUUUACUAUACCAAAAUAUUACAAGAUUGACAUUGUAGAUUAUCAGGUGUGCGUGUAUGCAUUUUUCUCAUUUUCUUUCUUUUUUUUUCCUCACCUGAGGAAGAACCUCCAAGUCUGAUGUAAUUUAGUCCACAAUAGGUCAUGUUUUUGUUUGCUAGCAGCUUUAUCAUGUGUGUACUCCAUUUUGUUCCACUGUGUGUUUAUCCUAUCCACAGUUCCAUUGUCUUGGCCAUGGGCUCAGUGAUCUGGGUCUUGCAUGGCUAACCACAGAUAUUAUUUAUAUGAAAUGGGCAGGUGAGAGAAAGAGAGGUGCUCUGGAUGUCUCAAGGACGUCUCUGUAUUUCACAGAUCCUUACUUAUAGCCUUACGAUGCUGCUUAACUGCAAAAGCCUCUUGGAAAAUAACUGAAAUAAUUAUGAACUGUUGCUUUUCAUUGGAACAUUAUACAGUUGGGUAUUACAUAACAUAAGGAUUUUUCUCCCGUCUUUCAAUUUUAUUUGUAAUUAUCUUAACGCUUGCACUUCAGUUAUUCAGUUUAUUGCCAAGAAAGAAAGAUUAAAGGUUUUAUUAGCAUGCUAUGACUAUGAACAGGUACUGCAUUGUAAUAAACAAACAAGAUUGUGCCUUUUUUUCUGGAAGGUCUUGUGCAAGGCCUCACCAACUUUGAAACACAAAGGAGUAUUUGUUCAUGCCUGGAAGCCCUUUUGGCCCUGGUCAAAGCAGAAGGCAAAACUAUGUAAAUGUUUUAACUAUUAUUUUUAGAAUGUUAUUGUUUUUACACUUUUGCUGCAUUUAAAGUGCAUAGAUGAUGGUUUAGAAUUUCUUUAUUUUGGUUUUCUUCAACUGCCACCUUAACUUUGUGUUGUAGGAUUUUACAUGCAAAAAGAUUCAACAAAGAUGGUAAAGAUGUCUGAUGCAUCUAAACUUGAAUAAUGAUGAUGAUAAUAAUGAUGAUAAUAAUAAUUAAUAAAGUAAUAACAAAACAUUUUGGCAAA